GCCUCUAUUCGACUACAAUGGCAGGCGACCAAACUUGCUACACACUAAUUGGGUUAUCACCGGAAGCCAAGUCUUACUCCGAGCAGCAACUGAAAGAAGAUCUUCAGCACAAUAAUGUGGACAUUAAACGCGGUGCUCUCAAAGAAGUCAUUCGUUUAAUCGCGAAUGGCGAAAAGUUUCCAAGUUUAUUAAUGACAAUCAUUCGGUUCGUUAUGCCGUCACAAGAUCAUAUGAUCAAGAAGUUGCUUUUUCUUUUCUGGGAAGUCGUCCCCAAAUACAGUGCUGAUGGAAAGUUGCUACAUGAGAUGAUUCUAGUUUGUGACGCGUAUCGAAAGGAUCUGCAGCACCCCAACGAGUUUAUUCGUGGCUCUACUUUACGGUUCCUAUGCAAAUUGAAGGAGCCCGAGUUAUUGGAACCUUUGAUGCCCAGCAUUCAGCAGUGUUUGGAGCAUCGGCAUGCUUACGUGAGACGCAACGCGGUAUUAGCCAUUUUCACCAUCUACAAAAACUUUGAACAACUUAUUCCCGAUGCACCGGAGAAAAUACUUCAUUUUCUCGAGCAGGAACAAGAUGCUUCUUGUAAGAGAAAUGCUUUUAUGAUGCUCUUACAUGUAAGUCAAGCGAGCGCCCUGGACUAUCUUGUUGCUCGGCUUGACCAGGUGGAUAAUUUCGGGGACAUUCUGCAGUUGAUUAUUGUCGAGCUCAUAUAUAAGGUGUGUCACGCAAAUCCCUCGGAGCGGUUACGUUUCAUUCGAUGUAUAUACAGUCUGCUUCAGUCCAAUAGUCCCGCCGUGCGUUACGAAGCCGCUGGUACUCUCAUCACACUGAGCACUGCACCAUCUGCAUUGAAAGCAGCUGCUAGCUGUUACAUAAACUUGAUAUUAAAGGAGAGCGAUAACAAUGUGAAACUUAUCGUUCUUUCUCGCCUUACCGACCUUCGCCAAUACCACGAAAGUGUGCUCCAGAGCAUGCUCAUGGACAUUGUACAAAUUUUGGGUGCAUCGGACAUGGAAAUACGCCAAAAGACUUUGGACUUGGCCAUGGAUUUGGUCACAUCACGUACGGCAGAUGAGCUGCUCAAACUAUGUCGCAAGGAAUUACUGAAGGCUUGCAGUGGCGGUCGUGGUGGGAGAGCUGUAUGUGAAGGAAGCACCGGGAAGUCAGGCACGAAUACCACAGAGAGCUCAGAUGAAGCGGCUUACAGAUAUGCCCUCGUUCACGCCAUUUACGACAUCUCCAUCCGGUUUCCGGAGACCUUGGAUACUAUCAUUCCAACCAUUUGUGAUAUCCUGACCUUCGAGGAACUAAGUGAUUCCAGGGCAGCUCUGGAAGCUUGUCGUCUUAUUCGAGAGGUGUGCUAUCGCUAUCCUCAGCGGAAAUCAACAGUUAUAGAAAAGCUAAUGCAAGUGUUCCCCACUAUCGCUGGGCAGGAAACACUGCGCAACGUCAUGUGGAUAUUUGGGGAAUUUUGCACUACUUUUGAAGAAAUCAACACAUGCAUUACAUUGUUCCGUCAAGUCAUUGGAGAUUUACCGCUCGUUGACGAAGAGUUGCGCCGCCAGACACAGGAGACCACGGGUUCCGGUCCCGACGGCUCAUCAGCCUUGCUGUCCUCGGAUGUCAGCAUUGGCCUGACUCCGGCUCAACGCGUCACCGCUGACGGCACGUAUGCCACUCAAACAGCACUCACUUCUGGUGCCUCCAAUAAAACCGCCGGAAGCACAAAGGUUGUCAAGCGCCCAGUCCUUCAAGCCGCUCUGUUUGAAGCUGCUUACAUGCCAGCAGUUGUUCUAUCUGCUUGCUUAGUCAAACUGCAUUAUCGAUACGCACUGGCUUUGGCAGAUCGUGCCAAGUCCGCGGAGAACGCCGAUGAGGCCUCAGCGAAGAAGACGGAGGCGCGUGAGAACUCUUUCGCCGCCGAAUGUAUGCUCAUCAUAGCCAGCAUGCUUCACUUGGCCUCCAGUGGCCUGCUACCGCAUCAAGUGAACGCCGAUCAUUUGGAUCGCAUGUGGAUUUGUUUGAAGAUAUUGGCAGAUCGCCGCCCAGAAGUCCUCAGUGCGUUCGACCAAACAUCGCGCGCCUGUCUGUCCGAAAUGCUGGCUUAUAACGAGUCGGAACGAAAGUCCGCGGCGAAAUCCAGGAACCGUGCUCUUGAGCAGCGACAACAACAAGAGGCGGAGAUGAACCGUGCGGAUGCAUCCAUCAAGUUCUCCCUACUAUCCUCUCACUCCGACCUCGGCGACAUUGCUGAUCGUUUUGACUUGACACUGAGUCAAGCUCUUGGGGCUGCCGUAAAGGGUUCUGGCGGUGAUGCGUACGCGACCUCCAAGCUGAGCAAAGUUCGUCAAUUGACCGGCUUCUCCGAUCCAGUUUAUGCAGAAGCCUACGUGCAUGUGAAUCAGUUCGACAUUGUUCUCGACGUGUUGAUCGUCAAUCAAACCAAGGACACACUACAGAACGUCACAUUGGAGCUGUCCACCUUGGGUGACUUGCGGCUGGUGGAAAAGCCUUCUCCGUUGACCAUAGCUCCACAAGACUUUGCCAAUAUCAAGGCCAACAUUAAGGUAUCAUCCACAGAGAACGGAAUCAUCUUCGGGAACAUUUCCUACGACAUCCGUGGCUCCGCCGGAGAGACCACAUGUAUCGUCCUGAACGACAUUCACAUCGACAUCAUGGAGUACAUUUUGCCCGCCACUUGCUCCCCAUCCGAAUUCCGUCAAAUGUGGUCCGAAUUCGAGUGGGAAAACAAAGUCACUGUGAACACACCAAUCAAUGACUUGUUCGCCUAUUUGUCCCACAUUGCCGCGCACACCAAUCUGCGCUGUCUUACUCCAAUGGAAGCAUUGUUAGGCGAGUGUGAUUAUUUGUGCGUCACGAUGUACGCGCGCACCGUCUUCGGUGAACAUGUACUGGCCAAUCUGUGUUUGGAGAAGACGGAACCAGACCAACCAGUCACCGGUCACGUCCGCAUCCGAGCGAAGACGCAGGGCAUGGCUGUCACCAUGGGCGAGAAGGUGAGCACUUGUCAGAAAACAUGGCACCAAGCAGGCUCCAACACAAAGACCCAUCAGUCCGAGGACGAUGGGACCCAAAAAAGUCAUUUGGACGAGGAAUCCGUGGGAAUAAUGCGCACUCACUCGCCUGCGAGAACACAAGCAUCCUCUUGAUCGUUUUCCUUCCUCCCACUUCUCCUUUCUGGCGGUUGACAGAACCACUGUUUUACACGCCCUCCCCCAACCUUGGUUUCCUAUGAUCCUGUGUGUCCCUGUUCUUGCCAUGUGAUUCACGACGGCUAUUUCCCCCUAUGCGCUGUCUCUCUGUGCAUGUUCUGGUGCGGAUGUUUCCGGGUAGUCAUAUACUCCCUGGUUUCCCCGUUUUUCCACGGUUUUACUGUGUUACUGAAUCCUUCUUCAUUGGUAAUGUUCUUUUCACAUGUUCAAAUAUUGCUUUUUUAUAACGGUGUUCACACCAAUACUCCGUCACUUCUUUCGCUUGUUCCAUCCGAUUCCAUUUGUUUCGGAAUUGAACAUGGUUUCAUUAGCAUGAUGGACUAAUUACCCUCUC